AUGAUACUUCAUGAAGAAGAUUAUGAUAAAGCAAAUAUUAUUUUAAUUUUUGGUAAUCAAUGUGAUUUACAAGCUCUACUUGAUUAUAUUACUUAUUUAUACACCCCAUCAAAUGAAGUUUUACCGUAUUCUGGUAUGUCAACAAUUAGUAUAUAUUUAUUAAAUUUAUUUAAACAUCCAAUAAUUAGUUGGCUUGAUAUAAAACCUCAUUUUAUUAUUAACGAUAUUAGCGAAAUAAAAACUAUUGAUCAAUGCCAUUGA